UGGCAAUAGUGCUACAGAAUAAAAAAAAAUGUUUUUGUGCUUGUGCUCAACGAUGUGUACUUUCCAGAUAAACACUUUUUUUUGAAUUAAUGUAAUUUUAUAAAAGUUUUUGUUUGCUAAGUGAGUUUAGCGGUGAUUUAGUAUUUAAAGGUUUUUCAAUAAUAUAUAUACUUAAGCACUCUUUAACAUUACUGUGAUCGGCUAACCUCUUUGAAAUUUGAAAUGGCGCUUAAAGUGUGGAUUGUUGAAGUAUUUUCCAUAAACGAUAGCAACCAAACAAUACCAAAAUACAAUAGAAAGGUAAAAUUGAGAGCAGAAUAUGAUCCUCAGGGCAUUAGUAUAAAAUUUUAUGAACUUGACGAAUCCUCACAGUUGUUGGAGUUUCCAGUAGACUCUGAAACAGAUUGUUGUAAACUGGGGACAACUUCUUACUUAUUUUCUAUUGACAAUGAAAGUAUAUUAAUUAAGUUUAUUAAUAGAGAAGAGGCUAGGUACUUUACUAUAGCAAUAAAAAAAGUCAAGUCAGGUAAAGAUGCCUCUAUAUUUUCUGUUAGAACUGAAGACUCUUCAGCAGCGCAGUACUUUCAAUUUUACGGAUAUCUAUCACAACAGCAAAAUAUGCUUCAGGAUUUUGUAAGGACUUACACGUAUCAAAGAGCAAUAUUAUGCAACUUGGACGAUUUCAAAGAUAAAGUAGUUUUAGAUGUAGGUGCUGGUUCAGGUAUUUUAUCUUUUUUUGCUGCACAGGCCGGUGCUAAGCGAGUAUAUGCCGUGGAGGCUUCUACUAUGGCCCAUUAUGCACAAAAAUUAGUUGAAGCUAAUAAUUUGACUGGCUGCAUUAAAGUUAUUCCGGGAAAAAUUGAAGAAAUUGAAUUAAACGAAAAAGUAGAUGUUAUAAUAUCUGAACCUAUGGGAUAUAUGCUUUACAAUGAGCGCAUGUUAGAAUCUUAUUUAAAUGCCAAAAAAUGGUUGGUUCCUGGAGGUAAAAUGUACCCUUUUAGGGGAGAUUUGCACAUUGUCCCAUUUACAGAUGAUGCUCUUUAUAUGGAACAAUACAGCAAAGCCAAUUUUUGGUUUCAAACAUGUUUUCAUGGUGUCAAUUUAUCAGCUUUACAAAACUGUGCAGUCAAGGAGUAUUUUAGACAGCCUAUUGUUGAUACAUUUGAUAUUAGGAUCUGUAUGAGUAAAUCUAUUCGACAUGUAGUAGAUUUCUUAGAAACAGAUGAGACUGACCUUCACACAAUUGAUAUACCAUUAGAAUUUCACAUUUUAGAAUCAGGUACUUGCCACGGACUUGCGUUUUGGUUUGAUGUGGCUUUUGGUGGUACACAACAGACUAUAUGGUUGAGUACUGCUCCUACAGAACCCUUAACACAUUGGUAUCAGGUUAGGUGUUUAUUAGAACAGCCUCUACUUCUCAAACAAGGUCAAGUACUAACUGGUAGAGUAGUACUUGUGGCAAACAAAAGACAGAGCUACGAUGUUACUAUUGAAUUAACUGUUGAAGGUACCAUGCAGACAUCUCAGAAUACUUUGGAUUUGAAGAAUCCAUAUUUCAGGUAUACUGGAGCGCCCGUUCAACCACCUCCAGGUGUUUCAAAUGUUUCUCCAAGUGAAAGUUACUGGAGUCAAUUGGAUGCACAGGGUGUGAGAAAUGCUGUAAAUAUGGUGAAUGGGAUGUCAGUGAAUGGACUAGGAGAAGUUUCCAUGGACACAACACAAACAUUAUUGAAUAACAAUUUAAUGGCGGCUAAUAAUCUCAUUGCCUUAGUUGAUUCUCAACAUAUGGGAGCAGAUGGGACCCAACCCAACAUUCAUCCAGGCAGUAUUCCUUCGACCGGUAGAGGACGGGUGGCAGCUAGUCCGACAUCAACGCAUACCGCUCAACUCAUCGGUGGCGCCAUCUCUCCGUCUCUUUUCACAUCACCGACGCAUCAACAACAACCGCUAGUCAUGGCGAAUUAUCCGAUCAGCGCCAAUUUGAUGAUAGGAGAUUAUGUGAAACCUUCUGUCGGUGUUGCAAUGCCCGCAGUAUAUCGCCAGUAGUUUACGUAGUUUUUAAUUUAUAUUUUUAAGUUAAGGGCGUACAAGGAGUCUGUUAGUUGACCUAGGCAAAAAUAAUUGAGUUUUUUUAUUUGGAUCGUAAUUUCAAUGUUUCGCCUGUCACAGUCGGCAACAGUACUUAAUUGUAUGCUUCCGUCAGUAUUUUAAUCAGCUUUAAAGAGCAUGCUGUUUGUUAAAUUUUUUUUAAUUUUUGUGUUAGAAACGUUGGCUAGAUACUAUCUCAUACAAUUCCGACCAAUAGAAAAUUUUCUUUAUUACAAGAGUGUAAUACUCAUCAGUGUUAAUUUAAUUUUGACAUUGUAUAUAAUUUUUUUUUUCAUUAUCUUAUUUUUCACGCGUAGUUUGAUGUCUGAUCGUACAGCUAAAAAUAUAUUUUUGUGAAAGCGAAUUAUUAUCUAUUACUCUGAAGAUGAUAGUUGUAUGUAUAAAUAAUUUUUUCGAUACGAAUACCAUUGAACGUCAGAAAUUGUCUAAUACAUGUAUUUCUGGCAGUAGAAUUUUUUGAAGUUUAGUGGGAAACAUAUGUCCCUGCAGUAGUGAAAGAGUUAAACGGAUUAAGGUACUAGUGAUCCCUUAUUAUCUCAUUCUCAUUGAAUAAUCAGUUUAUUCACAUACAAAACUAAAUCAAUGAAAUUUCCUAAAUUUCUUUUUGCGAAUAGAUAAUCCAGCAACUAUUGAUACCAAUUGUCAUAAUGACUUUUCUUUAAAUACCGGUUGUAUGGUAAUGUCAAAAUUAUAUGAUGAUAUUUCAUAUACUAUAACAUCCAUAUUUACAAAAUUUUUUCUUACACAUUACCUAACUCACUUUGAUAAUCUGUCUUCAUGUAAUUUUUACAAUCAAUUAUAUAUAGUUCAGCUCUAAAGACUCCUGGCUUCAAUCUCCUUCACUAUUAUUAUCCACUUCCUUCAGUGUCUUUGCUACAUCUCUCCAUUCCAUCUUUCCUCCCUCAUCCCUCAUCCCUCUUGACUUUUUGCAGCCAUUUUUUCUUUUCUUUCCUUCACCUUCCUACAACACCAUUCUCAAAAUUCUCUCGCAACCAUCUUGUUAAUUGUGCUUGAACUAUUUGUGUUGUUUUAGGCUUUAUAUAUAUCAUCAUUAGUUUUCUGUUUGUGCGUCUUCUCCAGGUACCUUCUGGAAUUUUGACACCGUUAUUUAUUUUACUUGAGAUUUUUAUUUCCCAUAUGUUCAGUUUAUUCUCAUUUUUUUAUGUUACUUUUGUUACUAAUACUUGUCUCACAAUUGUUUCAUACGCUCCUAUUUUGAAUCCCCUUGAAAAGUUUUUUUAUUUGUGAUCAUACUGGUCCGUUACCGUUUAGAUUUCUAAUUUUUUUUUAGAUUUGUAAAUGUUAUGGUUGAAGAUGGAACCUGUUGUUUGUAUAUUACUUUAAUUCCAAUAACAUUAUAUGAAUCAAAUGAAAAAUCUGUUAAAAUUUUCUAUAUUUAUUGUUACUAAAAAAAAAUUUACUGAUGUCCUAGGAGCUCCAAUAUCGGGGUCGAUGGAUCAUUUAUUAUUUAAGUUUUGGUUUCAUUAAUUUUAAAUCAAACAACUUAUUUCGAUAAUUUGAAUAUCGGUGACAUUUUUAGAUAUUAACUUUGAGAGAAAUAUUUUAAUUAAUUGGAGGUAUUAUGAUGUAAAACCAACGUUAUUGAUGAAGUGCAAUGGUAUUGGUAUUAAAAAAUCUGUAAAAUAUAUUGAAAAAAAAGUAAAACGUUAGAUUAAGAAUAAUAAUUUUUCUAUCAUAUACGUUCCAAAGAUUUGAUGUUUCCGGUGAAUGAAAAUCCAAUAUUUUCAAUAACAAUUUUUAUUUAUUGUUUAUACACUUGAUACAAUUUUUUUCUCGUCCGUAAUUUAUUGUUGACAUGUAAUUAUCAUCCUGUGACGUCCUAUAAUUAUCACGAUUUUCCUUAGGGAACAUUAUCCUUGAGAUUUAUAAAGGGUUCUCCACGGGAAACGGAUGUUUUUCAAAUGGACAACACUGCACUAUUUUAAAGUUUAAAAAUAGUUUAUUGGCAGAAAUACGUUUCUUAGAACAUGCAAUUUGACCAACCUAUGUACGAAAAAUAAUAUUAUUAAGAUGGUGUCCAUUAUCACGCUUACAAAUGUGGAGACGCUCUCUAAAGUUUGCUUCCACUCUCUCCAAUAGUUGACGAUGGAUCUGAGCGACGUUCUGCUCUAUAGCUUGUCGCAGUUCGCCCAACGUACGAGGCUUGUUUUCAUACUCACAAGACUUUAGAAAUCCCCACAAGAAAAAAUCACACAUCGAAAGGUCUCGAGAACGAGGGAGCCAAUGCAGAUCAACGAAUCUAUACUGUGUAACUGGUGCACAACUGACAUUUUGCAAGGGUGAAAACCUAAAGCUCGGUGUAGAAUUCGCCGCACUGAACUAUCGGAUAUUCGUAGUGCUGCAACAUGCUGACAAACUGAACGUCUUGGACUAGUUAAAAUAGCCUGUCUUACACAUUCCAUGUUCUCCAGUGGUCCCGGUAGCUGCCUUUUCAUUAAACUACUUCCACUACGAAUGGCAUUAACCCAUCGCAAAAUGAUGUUUCGGCUCGGUAUGUCUCCAUGCCGAGGAACGUUAAACCUUCGACGAAAGAGGCAUUGAACUUCCGUAACUGAUUCGCCUCUCCGCACAAAACUGUCAUACACGAAAACGCGAUGCUCUACGUUCCACACAGGCAUGAUGGCAACAGAUCAAUGAACAAGCAUAAAUUGCAAGGUCAGACGAGUGACUUGCUGGUCUCGGCUCCCCUCUUCAACUCUUACCGGAUGCGUAAUAUCAACUCAAAAAACGUCCGUUUCCCGUGACGGACCCACAUAUACUCAUAAGGUUUGGUUUUCUGUAGUCUUUAAACAAACCCAUAAAUAUUUUCAUUGUGAAUGUACCAGGGAAGGUUUGUAUCACCAAAGAGGUUUUAGAUCUUCUUCGUAUCUAAUUUAAUUAUUAGACCUAACUCAGAUUAUAAAUUAUAAAAAAAAAAAGAAAAAUACUUGUACCAAGGUAUUAAUAAAAUUUGAACAAUAUUAUAAUUUCUUUAAAGUGAACAAGUGUUUGUACUUCUACUUCAGAAUCUCCCUUGUGAAUAAAAUGGCUCAAAAACGAUCUGCUGAUAGGUCCUUAUUAUAUUUAAAUUUAUAAUGAUUAUAUACACUUUACCGACGUUAUUGUUGAUUUAAAUUACAAUAUUUUUUAUGAGUAAAAACAACUUCAAAAACAUUAUACGUUUGAUGUGUCCCUACGUUUCUCUUUUACAUAACUAUAAUCAACUGCAUAUUAUGAUUUCUUUCUGACGUCUGGUAAUUAUUUGAUAGCAGGUGCUCUGAAGAAGUGUCGCAUCUGCUUCAAUGUCUAUUGAAGCAAUUUUAUUAUUUAUAUAAUCAAAUCUUUAUAAUUUUUAGAGGAUAAGGACCUACCAUCUGGUCACGUAGAUAAUUUACAUCCUCACCAUCUUUUCUAAUAUCUUCAACCUAAUGUAAUUUAUUCAAAUCAAAUUUUGUUAAUAAAAUUGAUUGAUUGAUUUUUAUUGAAUUGUGAACCUUUAUUACAUUAGUUGUUUGACAAUAAUCCACAGAUGCGAGGUGUGAUAACCAUUCGUUCAUUGGUUGUUCCUUACCAAACAGUCCAAAUGUAUAAGGUCUGGUGUUAGUUGGUUGGUUGUUCUUUACCAAUUAUGUAUCCCAUAACAUUGGAAUCUCUACUACAUCAAUUGUGCGACUGUUGCUAAUUCCAUUUGAACAGAAAACAAACCAAAAGCGUUGAUUCUGGUCAAGGACUUUUCCAGCAGGAAUAGGACUACUUCCAUUAACCCCGCACAAACUAGUUUUGUGACGUCUCAAAUUAAAGCAAGACUUCUAAGAGUAGUUUCAUUUUGGUGACAUUGACGUAAACAAUGUUCAUAUUUUCCACUUGGAAAUUGAGAAUAGUAUUUUACUGCUAGGUAGUUUUGCUGUGUUAUUGGAUAUUCAUUUGAAUCAUUUCAUGAUUUUUCUAAACUCAAUUGGUUCAGUGUUUCAUUUUGUACCGGGUGUAUAAACUUAUUUUAUUUCUGUUGUUUUAUAAAGAAAGUAUAUGAUCUUCUCAAAAUAUUCUCACAUCUUAGGUACAAUUUCACAUCAUAUGUUCACAACUUUAUAAAUAAAUAAGACACCCUACUCUUUUAUCUCAGUAGCUUGUUUGCCUUUUUGUUUUUUAAUUUUUCUGUACCCUUCACAAAAUUGUGCUUAAGAGCUUCCAGUGGGAUUGCAUUUAUUAUGUUUUUUGAAAUACAACAUAGCCCCGUUUUAAUUUUUUGUAUCCGUUUCUCAUGUUGUACUUAUAUUUUAGUAACCAGGCCCAUUUUGUAUUGUUUCUAAAUGUACAUUAAAGUAUUGGAACAGUAAAGGGCUGGAAUUUACAUGAAACAAACCAUAUUAUUAUGGUUUUUGUUCAAAUUUUACCAUAUAAGAGGUAAUAUUAAGUCAUUUGUGACAGAUUAGGUUAAGUAGACUGCCCUUUUAUGCGUGAGUCUUUAAGGUAAACCGUUCUAUGCUUUGUGGAAGAGUCGUUGGGCUCUGAUGACAUACCGUAGGACUUCUUCCAAUCGAUGAUCCCUAUCCAAAUACUGUAGUUGUAUAAAAAUUGUAUGUUAUUUAAAAGUAUUGACCACAGUGAUUCUUUGACGUUAUCCGUUCAUUAAUAACACUUACAAGGUCUUAAUCUAUUAUGACCUAUAAAAUAUUGAUAAAAUAGGUAUACAUCUUUUAUUCUUCUGCAUAUACAACUCUUAGAAAGUCUCCACUGGUGGAAUCCGAUCAUAGAUGUGCUGCUUCCAAUGAUUUUCAUUAUACCUAUUUAUGUUUUCUCUACCAUACAGAAUGACAUUGUGGUGUCUUCUCCAAAUUUCUGUUGUUUCGUUUUUUUUUUGACUUUCAAAAUAUCAAUCCAAUAACUUUCUUUUUCCAUACCAGGAGCUCAGUUAUUGGAAAUAAACACAUUUCGAGAGUAAGUUAUAAAUGAUAGUGGGUCUUUCCUUUUGAAAACCCUAUACAUUUUGGGAUUGAUAAGUGUAAUUAGUAAAUACUGGGUAAAUCAUUCGAACAUGUCCUCAGUUAAAAUUAUUUGUUGACAUUAUCAAUAAUUUAUAAAUAAUAUGUGAGAAAAGUUUUACAGGACGUUGAUUAAUUUAAUUGUAUUGAACGUAAUCAUUUCCAAUGUUCAUUGACUGAUUUUUUUGAAUUUCAGUUAUGCAAUCUUCUGCAUUGGAGAUGAACAACGGCUUUUAAGGUAAAUUCAAAAAUGGUGUGGUUCGCUUUUAUAGUUAAUAUUUAAAAUUUUGGAAUGUGUAUCAAUCAUCUAAUUAUUAUAUAACGCUUUGUAUAUUUGAUUUCUUUUUUUUAACAACGACUACUGUUGAAUUACAAAAUAUCGAUGUAAUUAUUUUUGUCAAACUCUUUUUAUUUAUUGCAUAUAUCUAUAUAGGGUAAAUUUGCAGCGACUUAAUUUUAGAUAGAUUAAGGCAAUCUUUUUAGUUUAAGAUAAUAUAAAUUUGUAUAAAGCAAACUAGGUAAAAGUAAUAUUAUGUUUCAGUAACUGUAGGAGAGUGUAAUUGUUUAUAAUAAUUUUACAUUGUUAAUUUGAAAUACUAUUAUUCAAAAGUUGACUAGAAGAUGAAACAAACUUCAAUUCUUGGACUUUUUUAUUUACAUUUCAGUGAACAAAUUUAUUAAGUUCUAAAUUUUUGAUUAUAUGUUGGUCACUCAUGAACAAGUUUUAUAUAAAGUUCCUUAAUGAUUCAUUUCCAACCCUCUUCCAUACCUUCGUCACCCAAAUCUCCAAUUUAGCUUCGCCUGCAUUUUUAUCAAACGAUAUGGAAUAUCAUAUUAAUAGAGGCUUAAAAUACUUCUGAGAAACCUGUUUUCCUUAUGAUUUAUUUCUCUCUGUUUUAUCUAGGCUAGUGUUUUAUUUUUAACAGUAUACAUUUGAGAAGGGAAUUAUUGGUUUUUGAAAACUUUAAAAACAAAUAUAUGCAGUAAAAGUGAAAAAUUACAAAUUCUGAAUCAUAAUUACUACUUUUACAUCAUUUAACGAUUUCAACUUUUAACAAGUAUGACUUUGACUAUUUUGACUUCUUAUGCGUACAGACUUUAUAUAAAGUUUCCAUGAAUGUUAAAGUAGGUGGGUAGUCCCGUACAGCUUCAUUAGCUCUUUGAGUUAUCCACCUGCUUCUCGAAAUAAAUUCUAGUCGCUAGAAGAAGACUAAAGGCAUCCCAAUUGAUCUUUUUGAGUAGUUCUUUUGUCAUAUUGGACCUAUUGGGUUGUGCAUUAUCGUGCACCAAAUCAGAUGACAGUAUAUGGUAUAUGUUAACAAGAGCCAGAAGUCACAUGAUGCUAAAUUUGGUGAGUAGGGGGAUGUGAACCGACAGCUGCAAAAAACUUGCGAAUCCGAAGCAACUUGAAUACGGUAUAUUUCGUUAUCCUCUCAUAAAAUCCAGAAUUUGCAGUUAUUUUGCACAUGUUCAUCUGACUCACAUUUAUUCUUAUAUCAUCAACUUACCUUAUUUUUCAAUUUCCUCAAAGGCUUUUAACUUGUCUCAAGGCAUGAGUUUUAAUGGCUGCUAUAAAUUGAUUUAAAAAAUAUUUUUUUUUCAGUUUUUUAUCUUUAUACAUUAAUGUAGGAUACUGUGGUUAUGAUUGGUCAACUAUUAUCCAUUAUUAGGCAUGAAUAACUUUAACCUUUGUUUCUUUCAAGCUCUCCUAGUUACUGAAACGCUAAUGUUAGUGAAUUGUGAGCCUAAUACGAAGGGAAAUACAUAAAAAAUGUAGAGCGUUUACAAUUGACUAGCUCAGAUAACUGACUGAUCUUUUUAUUAUUUGCUACUUUUUUAUUAUCAGAACUUCUGUUUUUAACACUUUUGGUACCAUUCUUGUUGCUUUACUGCCUUUUGCUAUUGUUUUUCUAUCUUCCUUUCUUCGUCUCCUUUAUUUAUGUUGAAGACUCCCAAAUAUUCGAUUUGUUCUACUUUUUCUAAUAUGUACAGUAAUAUCGAUUUCCUCAUCGUCUUUCUUUAAUUCUUUAUAUUAAACCUAGAGUUUUUAUACCAAUUUCUCUUAGUAUAGUUUCUUGAAUUAAGUUGAAGGGUAUUGAUAACUUGGAUUGUCAUAAAUCAAAUAUCAAAAUAUUUUAAUUUCUACAUAAUAAUACUUUAGAGCUAACGAUGGAAUCGUAUCCUUACUAGUUUAUUGAUGUAAGUAACCGUCAAUCCUCUUACUGCUUGUUUUUCCGAAUCUCCAACAAUGAACAUCGAUAGCGAUGACCCCCCUUCAUUCGUUAUCGACAAACCUCCACUAAUAUUUCCCAAAGGGGUAGCAAUUUAUCAAAUUUGAUCUAGGUAUACUGAAGACGACCAUUAUAAGUCAGUUUUAUCUGUAAACGUUGUUAAAACUUUGAACAUAUUAAGUUGAGAUUGAGAUUCAAAUAUUUAUUUAUUUUCGGUAGUCAAGUUUUCUGAGUGUAUGUUCAGAGUUUCAACCGUAUUGAAUGUAUAGAACAAUAAAAAGCAUACUGAAUCACAAAUAUAAAAAUCCUAAGAAGCGUUUGUCGUAUGUAUUAAAUUUGUUCCAAACUGUUCCUUGACAAGAAUAAAAAAUGUAAGAACCAUAGUACCCACCGGAACCAAAAAUUUUUAAGAGAAUCAACAAAAAGCGUUAGUUAAAUUUAUAGAAUAACAAGAAGCCUAAACGUUAAUUUGAAUCUUCAUCUAUCGUAAGGCACCGAUAAAGAUGUCAUUUACACAUGGCGUAUUGCCUGGGUUCUUGUUUAUCCCAACCUAAUAGCGGUAUAAUCAUUUUAUGGGAAACCCGGAAUUUAUCAGGAAAUCUCAAAUAAUCUAAAUAGUACUGUUCAAUGAAUUAUGCGAAAUUGUGUUGCUGUAAAAGUAAAUUCUUCCACAAACAACAAAAGCUGUUAAGGUUAGGUUUCGUGGCAAACAAUUACCUUAAUGGAGUUGUUAAUCAAAUAGAUGAGGUCAGAAAUUAAUAUGUAGCAGCCACAAUAAAUCUGGACGUGUUUGAAAGAAUAGUUAUUUGUAUAACAAAGGUGGAAAGUGCUACUGAUGAUGAAGUAUUGAUUCGAGGGAGAAAAAGGCACUUUUCUUAUGUGUUGUACAGAUGAUUUUUCAUCCUUUCUCAAAUAACAAGUCAUUUUUAAAUAUGAAAUAUUCAUGAUAUUAAAAAACUAAAAUUAAGAAGUAGGUACAGUAAAACUUACAGACGCGUUAUUUUCAUUCUUGCAUCCCACAUAUUUUAAUUUGUGGUGGAGUAAUUAUACUAAUGUUAAACAUGCAAUUGUCAAUAGUGGUAUUUGAAUACCACUAGAAGUGGGAGCUGGAACUAACGCUGUUUUCGUUAUAUUUUCAUUAAUAUUAUUAUUCAUUUGGUAUUUUGAUUUCAUUAACUUCAGUGACUCCUAUAAUUUGGCUUUUUUGCAAAAGGUUUCUGCACAUAUCCUUCAGAAAUAUUCGUAGACUUCCAACAAUUCAUGUUUCUUUAAAGCAAGAAUGUCCCUCCGGAAUUUACAAGGAAACUUGCCGAGGUUCUUCUAAAACUACGCCAGGUAUAAUUUAUGGCAUUAUGUGUGAUACGUAUGAUAUAUUUUCUAUAAAUGUCAGUAUAAUUAGAGCCAUGCCAUGUCGUUACUUUUCCUCCAUAGGGUGGGAAAGAAAUUUUUCUCUCUGGGGAGGAAAAGAACUUUUCCUCUAUGGAAAGGUAAAGUUCGACUUUGCUUCCUACAACGAGGUCAGGAUAUGAUAGAGGUAGGCGAAAAAAUUAUAAUAUAUUGUUAAUGAUGGGGCACCAACACCAAAUAAUUGGUUCCAAUAGGUACUUAACUGUGGUUUUUAAGGUGUUACAUGAAUUUCAAUUGUAUAUUUUACUAUUUUAAGUUUAUAGGACGAAUAAUUAUUAAGAAUUAUCAAUAAAAAUGACUAUAGUGACUUUGUUUUAGAGAAUAAUAUAAUAUUCAUAAAUUUAGUAGAAUGAAACAGGUUGUAAUAGUUGCUUCUUGAAAAAUUAACAUAGACAAUAUUUCGAUUUAUAGAAUAAAUGUGUGAUAUAUAUAAUUAACGUUUUCCGAAAUUUAAAGAAGCCAAAAACAUUUCGUUACGUUCGAGUUUACUACACUCCUUCAUAUUUUCUUUUUUUUUUCGUUUAAUUUUAUUUAUGAAGUUGUAGUCUAUUGUGUACGCCAUUAUUUCUUUUUUUUUUUAUAAGUAUUCGCAUCACAUUUUUUUAUAAUGAACAAAAUUUAUAUUUUAUGUCGUAUAUUAGUAGUGUUUUCUGGGGUUUUCCAAAGAUUUUUAAAUUGUCUUGUGAGACUUUUGUGGUUUGCCGAAAAAUGUAGAACAAUCUCUUGAAUAAUAAUUAUACAUAAGUA